AUGUACGGCGAACUCGGCAACAAGCUGGUCCAACACGCCAAGCGCACCCAAUCGCUUGCUCACCUGCCGCCCUACCAAACCGAGAUUGUGCGGGCCGUGACACGCGAAGUGCGCGAUCUCGACCGCGAUGUCACCCGUCUCUUAGAGCCUUUUGAAGGCGCCUUCAACCCAUCUGCCGACCCGGCCAUUGCCUGCGCCUUGUUGGUUGACCACCUGUGCAUGCGCCGUAACAAGCGAUGUCUGCUGGCCUACCACCGCGUGCGCACAGAGAAGCUCGAGGAACUCUGCUGGACCGGCGUGGAUAUCCUCGAGCAGCAGCAGCCUUCGGAUGGGCAGCAGGCUGUAAAUGGACCGGCUGGCCAUAGCUCCUUGAGCCCCGAGGAAGAGGAAUACUUCCGGCAAUAUGGGGAUUUGUUGGCGGCUUACAAGGGACAGUGGACGGAUGUGGAUUUGACGGGGACGCUGGAGCCCCCCAAAGAUCUGUUCAUUGACGUGCGUGUCUUGAAGGAUGCUGGUGAGAUCCAGACCGAGUAUGGUGUCAUCAACUUGACCAAAAACAGCCAGCUCUAUGUCCGACAAGGUGAUGUGGAACGACUGAUUGCCCAGGGAUUCCUGGAGCGAUUGACCUGA